AUGAACUUGGACCCAACUGGAGCUCAGCUGAAGUCAUUAGACGUGAAGUGGUCUCGCUCGUGGCGAAAAUUCCGUCUAGAAGGAACGCGCCACCGACGAGAGGCAGUAGACUCUGCUGUUAGAAGCAAUUCGGCGGGAAAUUGGCGAAUUCUGGAAGUGGAGGCGGAGUAUGGACCGACUGGCGCGACGAUCACCUGCAUAGGAGUCGAUUCUUUGUCCAACGAAAACAACGGCGCCAUGUGGGUCACUUCCGGCGGGAUUGGUUACAAUUUCAUCAGGCUUAAGUUCAGGUCCAAGUAUUCUAGGGGACUUCACUACCGUGUGUACGUUUAUGGGAAACCACACUAA